CUGUAGGCCGUUUUUGUUUUCGGUCAAUGAAAUCAUUUUUAUUUGGUAGGUAGGUACCUAUUAAAAUAUUCAAAAUUGAAAUGAGUAAUCAGAUCUGUUGUGUUGUUGGUUGUACAAAUACAUAUAAAAACACGACGAAUGUUAGUUUUUUUCGUUUUCCUGGUAAACCUCAUGAAAUUCUACAGGAAAAUAAAUGGAUUCAAGCAGUGAAGCGAAAAAGCUCUAACAAUCAACCAUGGAAACCGAAUCAAAAUUCAAGAAUAUGUAGUGAACAUUUUAUUGAUGGUAAACCAUCCAAACACCCAAAUAGUCCAUCAUUCUAUCCAACAAUAUUUCCUAAAAUAUACAAACAGAAUGUUCCAGCACAAGAGAGUGUCAGUCGCUUCAAUCGUUUACAAAAAAGAAAAUCUUGUAAUACAAUUAUAUCUACCAAUUCAAGAAUAUCUAAUAAUUUAACUGUAUCAAAUGAACUUGUCUGCCCUGAUGUUGUAAAACACACUGAGGAUAAAUCUACUCAAACUUCUAUGAAUUUAAUUAAUAACAGUUUUGAAUUUUCUUGUGUCUUUUCCAAUAACAAUGUUAACACUCAAGCAAAUAUUGUUGGCUUAGAUUCAAUUUAUUUUAAACCUAAAAUGGUUGAUAAAUGUGAAGGUAGCGUAAACUAUGACAUCUUAGAAUAUUUUAGUGGUUUUAAGUCUUUAAAAAAUGAAAGUCAUUUAAUAUCUUUAUGUGGUGUUAACUUUGAAACUUUUAAUAUUUUUCUAAAUUUAAAAUUUAAACUUUAG